UGACAGUUUUGAUAGUUCACGUUCUGGACUUCAUAUGUUGUAGCCAUUUUGAUAUUUCUGAAUUACGCUAUAAAAUAUAGGUUGAAGAAAUGAGAAACUUUAGCAACAGUAAAUACUAAAUUUCUACGUGUCUUAUAAGUAGAAAAGAUAUUUCAUUCUUGCCGAAAAUUGUAUUUUAAUUAGUAUAUGUUCCAACAUUAUCAUACAUUAUUUUCUUGUUUCAAGUAACAAGAUGAUCGAGUUGACGGUAAAAACUUUGGAUUCUCAAAACCAUCAAUUCUCAGUAGAUGAUGAUAUUACAGUUGAGCAAUUUAAAAUCAAAAUAGCAGAUACUGUAAAUAUAGCUGCCGACACUCAGCGUAUUAUCUAUUGUGGUAGAGUUUUACAAGAUAAUUUGAAGUUAGCCGAUUAUGAUGUCAAUGGAAAAGUUGUACAUUUGGUCCAAAGACCACCACCUGGUACUACACCGAGAUCAAACAGUAGAUCUUCUUCCCCCCAACCACAACGUAGAGGAUUUAGGGGCUUUCGGGGCUUGGAACAAGGCAAUGCAAUGUAUUUGGGCUCUAUGGCAUUUCCUGGAAAUUUGAUGGAAUCUCAAGGAAUAGUACCUCCACCUCCAACACAUAGUCUUUCUGGUAGUCGUUUAAAUGUUGCAAGGAGAAUGCUAAGAAGAGCAGAAGCAGUUAUACAGAUGUUAGAAAAUCCAACUGCUAGAUCCCAAGAUCAACCAGCUUCCGAAGAAAAUCAAGAAGAUGAAGAAGUAACUCCAGUAAUCGAAGCGAGGGUUGUUGUCCCAAAUAAUAUAGAACCAAUUGAUGAAGUAUUAAAUGCCGUUCAGAAUACUUUAAUGAAUGCUUCAAAUAAUCCAAGCACUCUAUCAAACAGCAGACCUUCUUCGAUUCCUAGCUCAUCAGAAGCAACACCUCUGGGUGCAACUCCUAGAUCAUCUUCAACUGAGAAUUUGACAGCUGAAUCUAGAUCAUCAGCUAAUGGUUUUCCAGAAAAUGCUUCAAGAACUGCUGAAAUGUCGGAAUUAUUAACGAUGUUAGGGCAAUUACAAAUUAGAUUCGCUCCGUUUUUAGAAAGAUAUCAAACAUUUAUGAAUGAAGAUCCUGAAGUAACUACAGACAACCAGAGAUCAACACAAACUAUGCUGAAUAGAGUGUCUGAAGUUAUGCAUUUUUUGGGUCACGCUUAUCACUCCCUUAGUGAUUUGAUAAUAAGAGUGAGAACCCCACCACCAAGACCGUUACUGUGUCGUCCGAUUCUUAUUCAACAUUCUGCUGUAGUUCAAACAGGCAUUCCAAUACAAGUUGAGGUAAUAGAGGCACAAAUUAAUUUAUCGGCUGAUCGUGUAUCUCAACCCGCAACGUCCCAAGCAGGGACUACAGCAGAAGAUUCGAACAACACUUCAACCUCUACAACCACAACAGCGCCAUCUACCAAUAAUGCAAAUGUUAACACUACAAAUGCUAGACAAGCUAUAUCUAUACAACCAGGUUUCGUUGGGUUGCCAUUUAUUACUAACGCAGCAAUGAGAGUACAACCAUUGCCUUUGGAAAUCCGCUCAAUAAGACCCGUGAAUCAGCCUAGACCACAAACCAAUACGACUGAAAGUACUACAGCUUCCACUACAAAUACCACUGAUACAACAAACAACAGUAGUAGUAAUACCAUACCAAACAGAGAAAACUCACAGCCUGGUUCCUUCAAUUUAAACAAUCCAAAUGUAGAAUUUUUCAUGGAAGUUACACCUGAAGGUAUUACAAUUGAUUCUUUGGAGACAACGGUUGUUGGUUCUAAUCAAGCUAAUGAUUUUAUACGAGGAGCCUUAAAUGGACCACCACCAGAAUUUUUGCAGUCUCUAAUGCAAAUGGCUGGACAAAUCAUAAACCGUAAUAUAACAAAUCCCAAUGCAAGUACUGCAAGCACUGAACCUACACCAGCUCAGUCCACCCAACGAACUACUACUACUACUACUAGUUCAGGACAAACAGCAACAUCUACACCCAAUCAACCCACACAAAUCCGGGUAAAUGCGCAAACGGCCAAUACAACAUCAACAAAUACAAGGGCUACUUCAAGGCCUCAUGUACAUUUGGCCCAACAAGCGAUGCAAGGUGGUUUCGAUCCGUUUUUACCAUGCAAUUCACAUCAUAUUUCACGAAGGAGAGUUCAACCUCAAGCAACAACAGCGCCAACUGCUUCCGCAACUCCCAAUUCCAAUACAUCGAACGCGCCAUCUAGUAAUGAAACCCCGGCAGCGUCCGGAGAUCAAAGAAAUGUUCAACAAAAUAUAAUGAAUUUAUUGAGUGGAAUGUACGAUUCUCUUAGAUCGCAAUCAGAUACGAGAAGGAGUACAGAAUCAGGAACUAGACAUUCUUCUAACGCCCCAUCUAAUUCUGCUAAUGGAGACCACAUAAUGUUUGGAUCGCCAAAUAUAGCUUCUCUAAAUUCUUUAUUAUCAAAUUUGCCUGGUGGUUUGAAUUUGCCGGAUUUAUUGCGCCAAGGUCCCACAAUAGAUCAACUACUCCAUCAAUUUCAAGAUGAUCAAUAUGUACCAGGUGAAAGCAUCAUAGUUGAUUUGAUAAUGCUUUUAAUAAGAAACCUCACACUCUUAGAUUUAUUUACUCUGUAUAAUGGUAACGUCGAUCCUAUUAAUAGGAACGUUAAUGAAAUUCAAACUUUCUUCAGAACUAGAAUAUGUGAGGGUGAUAUUUCUCCGACAGGAAUUGAUAGAGGAAUUGAGAGACUUAUCAGGGAAAUGCAACCAUUUCUGGAGAACUUCGGUUCGUUGCAAGUUCGAAAUGAUAUUGAUAUGGUUAGAUCUGCUGAACAAUUAUUUAGACAGAGAUUACCGAAUAUAAUAAACAUAGCCGUUCAUUUAACUACAAACACUACUCGUAUUCUAAUAGAUCAAUGUUUGACUACUGCUAAACAACUUUUAGCGUUAACACUUUUAGCGAGCGCGAAUGCUCAGAGGGGAGUUGAACAAGUUUAUGAACAGAUAAUGACACAUUUUAUGAGAGACAUACCCCAAGAUAUUCAAAAUUGGACUGUAAUGACCAGCUUAGUACAGUUAAGACAAAUUGUUGCAAAUUUGAGCGUGCCAGAAGGCCUUCUACAACCUUACAUCGUUCACAGAACAAGUCGGUCGGUUUUAACUACGAAUAAUGAAGAAACUGUCGUGCAGAAAGAACCAGAAGUAGAGCAAAUGGACGUGGAUGUUCAAGAAAUAAGAACAGAAAUUAAUCGGCAAAUUUUAACAAAUGAUCCGGAACCAUUAGAAGAUGUAGUCAUAGGAUCAGAAUCAUGGCACGGUCAAGUUCCAGAGGAUUGGGUUCCAAUUAUAACUAGAGAUGCACAAAAACAGAGAAGACAGAAUCCUCAAGGACCUUUCAGCGAUGCAUACCUCUCAGGUAUGCCUAGUAAAAGAAGAAAAAUUGUCACAAAUUCAAAACCUCACGGGAGCUUAUCUCAAGUGAUUUCAGAAAGUGUGAGACAUGCUGUAACCGUAAGUGGACUAACGCCAGUGGCGCCGUUGGAAGUUGUAGCUGAAGCGGCCGGAGAAUCGACGGAGUUACAAAACGCUUAUAGGAAUUUAUUACGUUCGACUGUUCAAUCUAAUCUUGCAGACAAUGAGGAUUUUCUUCCAGAUAGAUAUCCCAACAUUUCGAAAUAUUUUAAUGGAUCACAAUGAUGACUAAAUAUACAUCGUACAUAAUAUUAUUAUUGAUUGUAUCUUUUUUGUUUAUUAAAAAAAUAUGAAUAAACUGGUAAAUUAUGAACUGGAUUUUAUUUAUUG